GCUCUGCUCUGCUUCCGGUGGAAAACGAUACUCUUGUUAAACCCUUUUGUGACGGCAUGUUGUUUGCGGACCUCAGAAUGACGCAGAUCAAAACUUGUGAGGCGUUCGACGUGUGCCUUGAAGUGCCCAGAAAUCCGCACACUCCCUUGCAUUCUUCAUCAUAUCGACUGAAA